AUGAGCACUGAGUCAGCCCCUCCAAUCUUGCCCAACGAAACCAAUAAAGAUUCUACGAAUUCUUCUGAAAAGAUGAAAGAACGGGCCCAUUUAGCGCCUGAAGAGUGUGAAUCGGGUCUGAGCCAGGUGCAAGAUUCGAAAUCUCGGGGAAGCACACGACGCGGACUAAAAUCUCGACAUGCACAGAUGAUCGCAUUAGGAGGUACCAUUGGUACAGGAUUAUUUGUUGGAACUGGACAAGCUCUUUCAGUUGGAGGCCCUGGGUUUCUCUUCCUUGCAUAUUGUCUUGAAACAAUAUUCGUCUAUGGUAUUGUGACGGCGACAACAGAGAUUAGUGCAUAUAUGCCGGCUGGUGGAAGUACGAUGGCGUCGUAUGCCACUCGUUACGUCUCUCCCAGUCUUGGAUUCGCCAUGGGGUGGCUUUACUGGUAUUCUUUCGCCAUUAUUGUUCCCUACGAGAUCACUGCCGCCGGAUUGGUUGUUAACUAUUGGCCAAAUGAUAUAAAUAUUGCCGUGUGGAUCACUGUCCUUCUUUUCGUCAUCAUUGGCCUAAAUUUCUUUCCUGUAAAGGUAUAUGGAGAGACCGAGUUUUGGUUUGCUUCUCUGAAGGUAUUCAUGAUAGUUGGCCUUUUGAUCCUCUCUUUCAUUCUCUUCUGGAGCGGCGGUCCAUCACAUCGGCGGCUUGGAUUUCAUUACUGGAAAGAUCCAGGGGCCACUAAAGAGUACCUAAUCGACGGGGCCGGGGGAAGGUUUUGUGCUCUUCUAUAUGUGCUUGUCUUCUCUGCUUUCUCCUUUAGCUUUGCGCCCGAAUUACUUGUAAUCACUGGAGGUGAAAUGGAAUCGCCACGACGAAAUUUGCCAACCGCAGCCAAAAGAUACUUCUACCGACUUCUUAUUUUCUACAUUGGCGGAACCCUUGCAAUAGGGGUUAUCACAGUGUCGUAA